AUGUACAGUGUGGAGGACCUGCUGAUCUCUCAUGGAUACAAACUGCCCAGAAGUGGCCCCGCCACCUCCUCUUCCUCUGCGCCUUAUGACAAUCGAAACAACGAAUGUCGCCGUGACAACAUAGAGAACCGGCCUCCUGGUGGUGGUGGUGGAGGUGCUUUGAACGGAUUUGGGACAAUGGAGGGGGGAGCGGACGGAAGAACGGAAGCAAGCACUGGGGUGUACAGACCGGCACCAAUGAAAGCCUACCCCGAAAACAACAACAACAUUAACGAGGGCCACGACAGAAUUCAGAGGAGGUUGGAGGUUCCUGUUGCGUUCCUGGGUGACCUGCAGCCUCUGGGAGACUCUCUUGCUACAGACAGUGGGUUCUAUGAUGCUCCCAGCCUGACAUUCUCUGAGCAUGCAGAUGAGCGAGAUCUUUCAUUCUGGAGAAGGAGGGGACAGGACUUCAGUGCUUUAUUAGACUAUGCUGAUCCCAGGGAGCUCAGAUUGUCUGGAGGAUUGUGGCGAGGCCCAGUGCUAGCUGUUGAGGAGCUGAGAGCAGAGAGGCCACUGGCACGGUGGGAGGAAGCGCCAUGGAUACGGGAACCAAUAGACUCAGGCCCAGAAACUCUACGUGUGACAGGGGAGAGGAAAUGCCAGAGCCUGGGCACAGAGGAGUGGCGCCCUGCAGUGGGCUUGGGCCGGCAGCUGUCAGAUGGAGAGGCUGAACACUGGUCUCAGGAGCAGCAACACCGUCUGCGGCCAGCAGAGGGCAACGUUUCUGCCACAGUGCGCGCCAAGUCCCAGUCACUCCCUCGAGUCCUUUCCCCUGAGGAUCAACACUAUGGAAAACUGCCUCAAAGUGGUGCCCCAAGUCAGCCGCCCUCACUAAGAAGCAACAGCUCAGCUCCAUAUGGUCGAUUCCACAGUGAUUGGCCAGCAGGGGAGCGAUGGAGUGGUCAGACACAAAGUCACGGUCCUGUUGCAAUUGUACCAAAGCCAAGGUUCAGCCGCCCCAUCAAACCUCCGUCUUAUGAGACUCACCAGCAAAACAGGGGGAGCUGGGAAACUCUGUCCUCUGAACCAGUGUCGAAACCCAGAGAACGCUCAGCGUGCUUCUCUCAGAAUUUUGAACCAGUCCGAGACAGGUCUGGCUGUUACUCUCAGAGUGCUGAGCCUCUACGAGAUCGAUCCAUUUGUUUUUCACAGAGUGCAGAGCCACUGAGAGACCGCUCGAUGAGCCACUCUCAAAGUGCUGAACCACUAAGAGACAGAUUUAUCAGUCAUUCACAAAGCGCAGAAUUACUGAGGGACCGUUUUUUCACCCACUCACAUAGUGCCGACCUGUUAAGGGACCGAUCACUUUGUUACUCUCAGAGCUCAGAACUGCUUCGAGACAGGUCAAUUUGUUACUCCCAAAGUGCAGAGCUUCUUAGACCAGAAGCAUAUAGGGCAGAUCUGUUUUACCAUGAACUGACUGGCAUGGAGCCCCCUGGUUACAUCCAACCCCCCUCCUACAGGAGAUUCCUGCCACCCAGGAGUGGACAGAACUACCGCGCAGACUCUGCACUUGUACGAUGGAAGCGUGAGCCUGUAAGUGCAGAGAUGGGCCAGUGGUUUUCCAGGACUUCAGGAUUGUCAUGGUCAGAACGGCGUGAGGACCGAAGCAUGGCCGUAGUUCCGAGAAGGCCUGUGCAUCCAGGGCCUAUCCUACCAAGCCGUCCAGCACUCGUGCAGUAUUUCCCAUUUGAUGACCCGCGUGUCAGGCACGUCUCAGGGGGGCCCUGUGGAAACUCACUCACAGACGCAGACAAGAUUCGACACGUCAACAAAGAGCUUCCCUGCGCUGCAACUUUAGGACAAUCCACACAUGAUAGUGCCUUCCUCUCUUCACAGGGACAGAGUCUUAGCACGGACACUAACAAACCUGCUCUCACUGAACAGGAGAACGCUAACCACUGGCAGAAGGGGAUGAACAAAUGCAGUGACACUGUAGCACCUGACCAGAGCUGUCCCAAGUACCCCGCAGCCUUUCAGACCAGACCCCUACAACCAAUCAUUAAAACAGACCAGCUGACUAGAGUAGACAGAAUCCCUGACCAAGUCAUGGUUGAGAGAUUAACAGAGCAGGUGAAAGUGGAGAGAGGUACUGAUCAGAUAAGAACAGACCAAGUCAAAGUAAAAGAACAUGUCAAACCAGAUCGAAUUACAGAACCAAUCAAAAUGGACAAGCCUACUGAUCAAGUAAAGCCAGACAGGUUUACAGACAAACAAAUAAAGGUGGAAAGAUUAACUGAUCAGCCACAAGUGGACAGAAUCCCAGAUCAAAUCAAGGCUGAUAGAUAUACUGACAAACAAAUAAAGCUUGAAAUCAAGGUAGAGAAAAUAGCUGAAAAGCCCAUAAAAGCAGACAGGAUUUCAGACAAGCAAAGUAAAGCUGAAAGACUUAUAGAAAAGCAUUUAAAGAUUGAUAGAAUUCUAGAAAAGCAGCUUAAAGCAGAUAAAAUGUUAGAAAAACAGAGUAAACCUGAUAAAUUUACUGACAAGUUCAGUAAGGCUGACAAGCAAACAAAAGCAGACAGCAGCACUGACCAGAUGAAAGCUGAGAAGAUCACUGACAAGUCUGGAAAAGCUGACAAAUCCAUUGAUAAAGGUUCCUCAGAGAGUGUUUCAAAUGUAAAGACAGAACCAGUGCAGGAACCUGAGAAAAAAAGUGUGAAAAAGAAACUCAGUGAGACUAUCUUCUGCCUUGUGUCUGUGCCACUUUCACAGUCCAGUGCAAAAUCUAGAGAUCAAAAUAACAAUGAAGAAAAAGAACCAGACUCUCCCCCAAUUCCUCCUCCACCACCACCAAGCUCCUCUAGUGAGAACAGCAACACUCUCUGCUCUCUGCCAAACCAAAGCCUCAAAAGCACAUCCACCACCUCCACUGACUUGGAGCUACAAGCACUCACGCUUGGCAGUGGGUCUAGUAGCAUUGCCACAAGGAGAGCUCAUCGAAGAAGGAGCUCACGCUCCAGAAUCAUUAAGCCGAAUCCACACGAUGAGCUCCGCCGAUAUUCUGGAGCUUGGCCAGGAGACCAGUACCGUGAUCAGGAGACCCAAACAAGCCCUGAGCCCACAAAGAGCAAUGCAAUUCAAGGUCCUGCCAACACAGAAGCACAAGAUGCUCCUGCCGCCCAAGAGGUAGCAGCUCCUUCUGAGAGUACAAUAGUGGCUCCAGCAGCUGCCCCAGGGGACCUUGGGGCUGCAACAGUUCCAUCGGCUCCAUCUGCCCCAUCAGCUGCAUCAGUUCCUCCAACUCCAGCAGCUCCAGGAGCUUCUGACCCCAGCACCCCUUAUGGGUAUCCCAUGAAGGGCCAGAAAAGCCUAAAACCAUCCAGCAACAGCGCUUUUUCACGGACAGGUACCUUCUCCAAGAGCACAGGACAGCCCCCAACUCAGUCCCCACCCUCAGAUAUGACUGAAGAGGUAAACUUAGCCACAGGCCCAAACCCAGAGGCCUUUGGUCAGGUCUUGCUGAAGCCGGUGAGCCGACGACCUUGGGAUGCCAUUGAAGAACUCGAGACCAUCAAUAAGGAGGUGCAAGACCAAGCAGGUAAACGUCCUAGUGUGGACCAGUGCAUUGAGGAUCUUAAUGAGGCUUACAAAGAUAUCAUGGAGCUCAGCACUGCCAGCAAUAACCUCCCUAACCUUCCCAUCCGUUCCUCCAUACAAAUCCCUGACCGUAUCAAAUCAAGGCUAUCUUCAGAUCCACUUGUAAUUCCGGCAUCCGCUCUUCGGCCCAGCUUGGUGCCUGGAAGUGAUCCAGAUUACCGGGAGGUGAAGAGUGCCUUUUCCAGACCAUCAACUGGGAAGAGUGUGAGCUUCAGCAAACAGCUGAGAGAGGAGAUUUGUCCUGCUCCUCCCCCUCCAGAUGCAGGGUUCAGAGACUACAAAACAGUCAUGUCCCAGAUAACACAACGUAAAGCUUGCAGAUCAGUUAAACUGGAUGUCCCACCCCCCAAGGAGACCCAAAGAGAUGAAAAUUUGAUUGCACAAACCUCCUCCACCUCUUCAAUGCCAGUCGAGGUCCCAUGGGCAGAGAGACAGCCCAUGCAAGAUGCCUCCACACUAACCAGCCCCCCAGAUUAUGAGCACAUCUGUCAAAAUCUCCAAAUGGCUCGUGAAUCUGGGGCUGUCAGUCGAGCUUCUAUCAAAUCCAAACCAGGAAGUGCCAUGAGCGUCGAAACACCUCAGCAUGUGCCCGUAAAUGGUAGACCUCCUAUAGAUUCUGAGCAGCCAUGUUGUUCAUCAGCACUGGAGUUGAGACAGGAGCCAAUCUCCUUAUUCAGGGAGGAAAGAAACUCAGGCUUUAGAAGGGUAACCAGCCACACAAACAGAUUCCUUAGUAAUAGGGGUGUGCUGGGUAGCCUUGCAACUGGCAAGCCUGGUGGAGACAAAGCAGGUUUAGAGGCUAACCCAGAGGUACCUGCUGACUGGCAGAUGCAACUAUCAUUAGCUGAGAAGCAUAUUGCUACUCUGAUUACAGGAGAGGGUUCAGCAGACAACCACGAGUCAAACAAAGUUAUGGCUGAUACAGAUAUUCCUGGCAGCGGGUCAGUUGAGAAUGAAACAAACAAAAUUGUAGGCGCUAAUGACGAUCCGGCCACUGCUGAGCAGAAACACUCAGCAGCAACAGAGAAAGAAACGGGGCAAACUGAGACACCUGAAAGCCAGCAAACUAAAGAGAGGGAGGACGUAAGAGAAGAAGACCCUUCUAAGGAAGAGACACAAACAGAGAAAGAGACAUGUGAGCAUGAAAACCUAGUGAUUGAAGAAACAGAGCAAGAGAGUAAUAAAACCACAGGGACAACGAUAGAACCAAAUGUGAUUUUGAGGUCCAAUAAGGCUGCAAUUUGGACUCAUUCAGGUAUAGAUCCAGAGCUACGACCAGAAUUUCCACCAGAGCACCUUCCGCUAUCUGUACUGCCUUACCCCAAUCGUAGAUUGUCUCUGGGGUUGGAUUGGGAGAAAGGUGGGUGGGAAGGGGAAAGUUUGGGUCAUGGUGGAUUUUGGUCCAGAGAGAGGCGGUCACUUGAUGCUGAAAGAUGGGUUGUUGGUGGGGAGAGGUGGGGUUUAGACAAUGAUAGACAGGAAGGAGGUAGUGAAAAACGAGGUCUGGGGGGUUGGCGUGGGUGCGGGAUAGACAGACAUGGUGCAGAUGAUUCUGACUGGGAGUUAGAUGGUAAUAGCCAGAAUAUUGGUGACAAAGGGGAGGUUUUGGACACAAAACAGAAAACACCCCAACAGGGUCUCAGUGAAGAUCAUAGCAGUUCAGCUUCUAGCACUGAAAAUGCAAAGCAUAAAGAAGAUGCUGCAAAUGAAGACAUUGGUAAGGAACAGAGUCCAAUUCCAGAUGAUGGUCAGGGUUUAGGGGUUGAGAGACGGAGCCGUGGACUUUCUCAAAGAAUAGAGGCUCUUUUUACAGCCCCACCUGGGCAUGGUUCAGAGGAGAGACUUGCUCGCAUGAGGGAGGUGGACACUGUCUCACGAAUGAGACGCCUAAGCCUCCGUAGCUCAGACUCAUGGGAUGGACUGCAGGGGUUUGGGAGGUGGGGAGAGUUUGGGAGGGAGGAAGAAUGCCCCCUUCCUGGCCCACAGGAACUUUCAAACAUCACAAAAGAAGAUGAUAAACAGUGUGGCGCCCUUCCUGCAAUCAACAGUGAACCUAAAGAAACAAAGGAUGACCAGGCAACCCAAAAAGAGUCACAGGAGCCCAGCCAGGUGGAGAGGUCGUAG